AUAGCCGGGUUUCCAUGGCGGCGGUGGUCGCCGCGGCUCCCGCGCUCUGGCGUCGGCUGCUGGAUUGUUUCCCCCGCGGGAGGCCUGCUCUGGCGGCGUUCUUUGGCAGGCUCUCGGACCGCCUGAGCCGAGGCCGCGAAAGCAGCGCUCGCAGGUCAUCAUGGCUGCUGUUGGCUCCAUUACUUACUUCUACUGUUCCACAACUGACUGUCCCCACUAAUUGCCUUUGCCCUGAGGGAACACAUAUUUUUCAAUGGAUCAGAAACCUGGUUCCAGAAUUUGGUAUUGCUGGCUCCCACGUCAAGGUGCUUUCAUCCCCAACCGAAUUCUAUGAACUUAUGAAGGGACAAGUAAAGAUGGCUAAGCAACGAAUAGUUUUAGCUUCCCUGUAUCUUGGAACAGGACCUUUGGAACAGGACUUAGUGGAUUGUAUUGAAAUAGCUUUGGAAAGGUCAUUGAAGGGAUGUGGGAGUCCCAAUUUUAGAGUGUCUAUCCUGUUAGACUUCACAAGAGGAUCCCGGGGCCAGAAGAAUUCUCGAACCAUGCUGCUUCCACUCCUGAGGCGAUUUCCAGAUAAGGUCCGUGUCUCUCUCUUCCACACUCCUAAUCUACGUGGUCUUCUCAGACACCUAAUUCCUGAGCGUUUUAAUGAGACCAUCGGGUUGCAGCAUAUCAAAGUCUAUCUCUUUGAUGAUAAUGUGAUCUUGAGUGGGGCCAACUUAAGUGACUCUUACUUCAGUAAUCGACAAGACCGUUACGUGUUCCUGCAAGACUCACCAGAGAUUGCAGAUUUUUUCACUGAGCUAGUAGAUGCAGUUGGGGAUGUGUCUUUACAGUUACAGCAAGACGAUACAGUCAAGGUUAUAGAUGGGAUAGUGCAUCCAUACAACGGAGACAAGAAGGCCUAUUGUGAAAUGGCAAAUAAGAGAGUGAUGGAAGUGAUCAAUUCUGCCAGGAUCAGACAAGAACAAAUGCACACUCUGACUUUCCAUAGCAACAAUACAGCAGAAGAAAUCUCAUCCAGUGAUCCAAAGGCAGCUGGUGACAGGCAAUCAGAACCAGACACAUGGAUUUAUCCUCUAAUACAGAUGAAGCCAUUUGGGAUUCAGAUAGAUGAGACUGUCACGGAGACCCUCCUUAUGGAAGCAGAGCAGGAUGCCAGCAUAUAUCUCACCACAGGCUAUUUCAACCUUACAAAAACAUAUAUAGAUCUGAUUCUAGGCACUCAAGCAAAAUUCCAGAUUCUUCUAGCCUCACCAGAGGUGAAUGGGUUCUUUGGAGCCAAAGGGGUGGCAGGUGCCAUCCCUGCUGCCUAUGUUUACAUUGAACAGCAGUUCUUCAGCAAGGUGUGCUGCCUGGGUCAGGAAGAGAGAGUUCAGUUGCAAGAAUAUACUAGGAGUGGAUGGACAUUCCAUGCCAAAGGCCUCUGGUUGUACCUAGCAGGAAGCAGCCUACCCUGCUUAACGCUGAUUGGUUCUCCUAAUUUUGGGUACAGGUCAGUUCAUCGUGACCUGGAAGCACAGAUUGCGAUAGUGACAGAAAACAAAGCCCUACAGCAGCAAUUCCAUCAGGAGCAGGAGCAACUUUAUUCCCGUUCUGGUACAGUGUCUGCCUCAACAUUUGAUCAGCCUAGUCGUUAUAUCAAGCUGUGGGUGAAGAUGUUGACGCCUCUGAUUAAGAACUUCUUCUGAAAUAAAGAGAGGCAGGUCCUCUUGGGAUGGCCUUGAUGAAAAUGACUGGCAUGGAGGGCGUCAGCUCCUUCAGGCGUGCAUCACUGAUGACCCCCGUCUGCACAUCCCAGCGCGCACCUGCAGCAACACGGGACAGUACUCUCAAGAUCAGGGGCUUUGCAGGAUUAUCCGCCUUCCGGCUACAUGCUAAACUUUGGCUUGCACGUUUUUGAUGCCAUCCCAGUGGUUUACUUAUGUAUUUUUACAGAGAUGUGAACAAAAUGAAACAAUUGGAUUCAUACUCUACACUUGGCCCAUAGCAGCUAUUCUUUUAUUUCAGAACUGCAAGUUCCUUUAACAUAAGGUCCAUUUAUACCUAGUUAAGCAGAAAAAUCUAGGCUUGUUUAGCUCAGUUUAAAACAACAGCUUCUAAAAAAAGGAAAAAAAAUGUAUCUUAGAUACAACAUCCCCAGAGUAGAAAGAAUUUUAGAAGCUAACCUCUUGCUUUUAAAUACCAGUGGAUGUGAUAAUAAAAUGGGCGUCUGCUGCCCUCUGCUGAUACAAAA